CAAAACACUGCAUGUGGUUCAACCACGACUCUUGUUCUUUGAAUGGGAUAUUUUAGAACACUCGUGGCGUUAAAAAUCAUUUUUUAUUAAAAUAGGGAAUGAGCCUGGAAGAGGAAGUAUCUUAACAGCUGAAGGUCAAGAAACGCUGUCAGUGGCUCAAUCAGUACUGAUGGCUCUUAUUGAAAGCAUUUCAAAUGCGUCAGUCACAGUUGAAAUCUUAGCUCUUUUAAAGAAACACAGGGAGAAAUUCUUGGAACUCUUAGAGAUCUUGAAUAAAGCUGUCAAAGAAGGAACUGAGGCGAACACGAGGGAACAAAGUGAAAAAAACCUAGUUGAGCGAUUUCAAGAAAUUGAGGAAUUUCAAGCUAUAAAAGUGAGAGUGGUGUCCUUCGUUAACAUGUGUGAUUUGAUUAAACCAGUCGACACUUCCAGCUUUAAGAACAAAUUGCGCCCAGAUGUCUCCCGUCACCAAAUACGUCAUUUGUGCGAGCGCAAAAGUGACAAGCAAAUUGAGGUGAAAUUCUUUGAAUUGCCUCCCGUGGCUAAAGAAGUUAUUUGGUCACUUCAUGACGUACAAGAAAGUCUAACUUUCCAGGAUAUUUGGACACAGUAUGGAAAGAAAGCCCAAACAGCCAGAAAGAAUGGCGAGGGAAAGAUACCACACCUUAGCAUCUCCGAAGUCGUAGAACAUGUCUGGAAACCAGCUUUUCGAGUUUGGAACCAGCAUGCAGCUAGUGUCAUGAAUGGAACGAUAUCCCUUGGAAAUGUUGACAAGCUCUUUGACCGCUACAAGAACAGGGAAAAAGAUCUUAAAGGAGAGCUGUUGCGCAUGUUUAAACUUAGCCAAGGUCAAUCUGACUGUAAUGCAGACAAGAUGCUGAAAAUAACUGCUGAACGCAUCACUCAAGUACAGCGAUACCAGCAGAUUUCUCGGUAUGCAAGUGCCGCAGACACAAUCUGGCAAUUUAAGAAAGCUAUGGGCUUCUCUGGUAACUUCAAAGUUAUCAACCAUUUGUGUAAUCAGUUUUCAAUAGAUUUCAAGCAAAAGCCCCUAAACAGCAUUGGAGGAGAGUUUUAUGAGGCUGGCCGAGCACUUGAGUUUUUCGAUGUCCAGAAAGUAAAUUGUCUCAGAACAAUGGUAGAAUGCAGACGACUGGUGGGGUGGCUACGUACAACUAUCAAAUCAACCCAAGAGCUUAAGGUUCUUGUUGACCUGGCCUUGAUCUCAGCGGGUGAAAGCGACAUGGAAACUGACCGCAUUUCCAGCCUACAUACCAGCUGCUUAGGUUUCGCUCCUUUGAUCUUUGACCUCAGAGAAAGUGAAGAACAAAAAGUGAACUUUGAGGACCUGGUACAGGCUUGUGAUCCCGUGUGGAAAGCUGUAGCGGCAGAUGAUAGUUUACCCCAAAAACUAUAUGACACUAGCAGGCAUCUGGAGUGGCUUAAAAGCAUCCAGGAAUCACAUGGUUCUGUUUCCAGGACGUCCUUAGUACAGGUUAGGACCAUCAACUCCUGCGGUGUGUACAUUGUAGGUCACGUGGACACCAAGAGUUGCUCGCCAGCAGAACAAGGAAGACGGUUGUCACUUAAUGAUGUGAUCCGACUCUCAGUUCCUACGAAAGGUGGAAGUGGAGAAGUGCAGAGCAGAACGUACUCUGUUGAUGAACUGACAGAUUUGCAAAGUAAAUUGAUGUUGAUUGCUGGGAAGGCUGAAAAGGGAAAGGAUGAGGUUGAACAAUUUGUAAAGAACCUUGAGGGCGUCAUGCGUCUAGCGACGGCUUACAUUAACCUCACCGAAUCUGGUUUUGUUCAUUGCUUGCAUUGGAGUAAACAGUUUCACUGUAGUAAAGAUCAGUUCAAAGGCGAAUCGAUCGCAGAUGAGCUGGCAGCUGAAAGCGCGUCCAUGGAGAACUGUUACUCAAACUGGAAGAAGAAGGUCAGUAAUGCACGAAAGGAGUAUUGGGAGUUGAAUUUCUUCAGCACUCAGCAGUUGAUGCUACUAAGGAAGGAAAUAGCCUCGGUUUGCCGCAGCGAAGGACUUCUUGUGAGCAACCUUCAGGUUCUUACUUUGCUUGAAAGUGUUCGUCCGAAUUUAGACACAGAUCAGUUGAAGGCAGCAAUAGAUCGCGCUUUUAGAGAAACAGAGCUAUCAGACAAGGCAAAAGGUACUGCCGACCCGCCAUCGUUUCCUCAAGUUCCUUUAGAAGCUGAAUUUGGUACUCGUAGUUCAGCGUUUGAUAACAACUACAUAAGUAUGAGCCCCUCAGCGGUAGCCAGCACAAGUCCCAUUAAGAAGCCGAAACCGAAAGCUGCUUCAAAAGUCCAAACGUUUCUGAAUGCAGCUGCAAAUGAUGGUUUCUCAGAGCAAGUUGCUUUGGCUGCUUUGGCGAGUCUAGGUCUUGAUGCAGAUGAAGAUGACCUUCUGUUGUGGUGUUCAGAUGAAGCUCACGAAGCGGACAUCGAGGCUCUUUACGAAGAAGCGAGGCAAAACCCCAUAAUUGGGUCAGAGGUUUUUUUUGUUGGAGAUUUUGAUGAAAUGCAGACCGAGGAUGAAAGUGCAACCGUAACUGAGUCAGACGAGUUGUCAUCGAAGCUCCCUGAAACCAGUGCAGAACAGGAGAAUAACGAAGACGAGGAUACUGAGGCAGACAUCAGAGAGUACCUUACACUUUCUCAGCUAGGAAACAUCCUCAGAGAGCUAUCAGUAAAGGGUAAAGGAACAACACCUCGCACUUUUCCAGCGUUCCUGAAAAAGGGGAGACCUAACCUCAUGCUUGUUCCCAAAGAUGAUGUUUUGGUAACAGUUUUAGCCCUCUAUAUGCAUGACAAGAAACAGCCUCUUCCAAGCCAUGAAGAAGUGUUUAUUUGUACUCCAGAAACCACCACAGAAGAGAUCGAGUUGUUAUGGAGACGAGCCAUAGGUGAUCUUGAGGGUCGAUUCUACUGCCUUGUUCAUGCUGAGCUCUUGGACUUCUCUGUCAGCAAAAAGGCAGUGGACAUGCUUAGUGUAGUGACGCAGGGGCUUGCGGGAAAGCCCGGAGAACACUAUGGCCUGGUGGUAAUCUGUAGUAGCGAGAAUGAGGACCGUACCAACAUUGUGGCAGCCCUUGAUCAGUAUCGGGUUGCUGCUCCACCUUGCCCUUCGCCAGAAGUUCUUAAGAGCUACCUCAAAGAUCAGUUCCGCUCCCCUCCCUCAAAGUAUGGCUACAUCAACAGUAGCAAGAUAACUUGGACUACAGCUGGAUCCUUAGAUCCUGCAAAGCUCUGUGUCCGAGUUGUCUCCUCCAAACGAGCAGGUUUGGGAAAGACUCUGUUUGUUCGUCGUCUAACAAACCAGCUACCCAACCUUGUAAACAACGACAUGGUUUUGAAAAACUUGCGCAUGCAUGACUCCAAGGUAGCCUUGCAUGUCACGGUUCCACUUCACGGGAACUCCACGGACUCGUCAAUGCUUGUAGAUUCCCUCUUACCGCACGCAGUGAGGGCAAAUGUACCACUGUCCCGUAUAUUCUAUUUGGAUGUAUCACCUUCGAUGAGGCGUGGUUUGGACAGCCUUCUGUUUAACUUACUUGUUCUUGGCUGCCUUUGUGACAAGAUGGGACGAGUGUGGAGGAGGCGAAGCACUGACUUGUACGUUAUUGAGAUCACCACAUCUGCUCAACUGCCCAUGGGCUUCACAAGAGAAGAAAAAGUUGAAACUCAAGGGGGGCAUCCUGGAAAAUCUAUUAUGUGUAAGAGACCAUUCUACGAUCUGUUACCUACUAUCGAGUGCCACACUCCAAGAACUGUUCAAUGCCGUUUGGGGGUAAAUCCAGAUCCAAACGACUUCAAUCCUUUGUUUGAUGUCAAAGAAUUUCGAAACGCACCGUUCCAGCGGGUUUAUCAGUAUCUUAAACGUUCAAGUCAAGGAAAAAGUCUUGAUAACUUCACUUUUAAGCCCGAGGAUAUUGAUGACGACCAAAGGACAUGCCUCAGGCUCUUGCUAAGGUAUGUAAAAUGGAUGCUUUGCAAAGGCUACUGCCUACCCCAAAUGGUUAUUUUCGGCAACUAAAACCCAGUUUAAUAGUGUCCACUAAUUUUGUCAUUUUUAGUCGUUUGUUUUGUGUGGAACAAGGAAUAUAUUUUUUGUUGCUACUACGUCCGAGUCCGACG